AUGGAAAUUCUGGCCUGGAAUUGCCGUGGAAUUGGCAAUGAUGCUGCGGUGCAAGGUUUGAAGAAACUAAUUCAUCAACAUCAUCCAUCCUUUAUCUUCCUGAGCGAGACGAAGGUUUCGGAUCCUACUUAUAUGAGAAACUUGAGAUUGGAGAUUGGGUAUCUCAAUUGUGAAGUAGUGUUCAGCCGGGGGCAAUCCGAUGGAUUGGCUUUAUUCUGGCGUGAUGGCAUCAACGUUCGCUUCCGGUCGAAGUCGAACCAUCACAUCAAUGUGGAAGUACGAGAGGGUGAUGGCUCUGGGAUUGCAUGGAGGCUGACUGGGGAUGUGGAUCUUUCUCAUAUGUUUUCAGUGGUGGAUUUGGUUCAGUCAAAGGUCACGCCUGAAAUGAAUUCUAUGCUUUGCGCUCCUUAUACAGCUGUGGAAAUUCGAGCUGCUCUUUUUCAGAUGUAUCCAACCAAGUCACCUAGACCAGACGGCAUGCCUCCUUUAUUUUUUCAACAGUAUUGGGACACCAUUGGUACUGAUGUAGUGGCAGCAGUUCAGAGUUUUCUCCAUUCUGGUCAGUUGCUUGCUUCUAUUAAUUACACUCAUGUCUAUUUGAUCCCAAAGGUGAAAAAUCCUACCUGUAUGUCCGAAUUACGUCCCAUUGCACUGUGUAAUGUCAUUUAUAAGAUUUGUUCUAAGGUGCUUGCCAACAGAUUGAAGAGUAUACUGUCUCAGAUUAUAUCUCCUUUUCAGAGUGCCUUUGUCCCUGGACGUCUGAUUACUGAUAAUACUCUGAUAGCUAAUGAGGUAUCCCACUUUAUUCAUAAUAAUCGGUCGAGUAAUGAUGGUGUUAUGUCUCUUAAACUGGACAUGAGUAAGGCCUAUGAUCGUAUGGAGUGGGUUUUCUUAGAGGCUGUUUUGAUUCGCAUGGGUUUUGAUGAAAGAUGGAUACAUGUUAUCAUGCAGUGUGUCAAGACUGUUCGUUAUUCUUUUUUGAUUAAUGGUCAGCCUAGAGGCUAUUUGACUCCUACUAGGGGCCUAAGACAGGGCGAUCCCUUAUCACCAUAUCUCUUCCUGCUUGAUGAUAGCCUUUUGUUUGGUAAGGCUAGUUUGGAGGAGAGUUCUCAGAUCCAGGAUGUCUUAGUGGAUUAUGAGUUAACAUCAGGUCAGAAGGUAAACUUUUCUAAGAGCAAUAUUGUUUUUAGUAAAAAGGUGUGCUCUUCUUUACAGCAGCAGAUUGCAGACUCACUGGGUGUGGCCAUUGUGGAUAAACAUGAAAAAUAUCUCGGCCUACCUACUUAUCUGGGGAGGAAUAAGACUGAAACCUUUGCUUAUUUACAGGAAAGUUUAAACAAGAAACUUGAGGGUUGGCAAGGUAAGUUACUCAGUAGUGCAGGAAAGGACCUUCUUAUAAGGGUGGUGGCUCAGGCUCUUCCUUCUUAUACUAUGAGCUGCUUCUUAUUACCGAAGAAUUUUUGUGAUUCAUUGCAUCAGAAGUGUGCCAAGUUUUGGUGGGGCAGUAAGGGUGAAAAUCGUAAGAUUCAUUGGUUGUCUUGGGAUCGACUAUGUCAACCCAAGGAGGCUAGUGGUAUGGGCUUUCGUGAUUUGUAUGCACAUAAUUUGGCUCUCUUGGCUCAGCAGGGUUGGAGGUUAGUGAGUAAUCUGGGCUCUCUUUUGGCUCGAUUGUAUCAGGCUAAGUAUUUCCCGAAUGGAGAUUUCUGGUCUAGUGGGCUUUCUUCAUCUCCAUCUGCAUGUUGGAGGGGUAUCCAUGCGGCUAAACACAUUCUGAGGAGGGGUGUUCGUUGGGAGGAUCCCUGGAUCCCGAGACCUUCUUCUUUUCUACCUAUCAUCCGACAUGAGGAUGGACCGGAGAGAGUUUCUGAUUUAUUACUUCCAGGUUUCUCUUGGAAUCUGGCUCUUAUUAAUCAAUAUUUUGUGGCUGAUGAUGUUGAUUUGAUUUUAUCUAUGCCUCUUAGUCAGAGGGAUGUUCCUGAUCGUCUUACUUGGCAUUAUGAUAAGAAAGGUAGAUUUUCUACCAAGAGUGCUUAUGUGUUAGCUUUUGUGGAGCUCCAUAACUUUGGAGAAGUUGCUACUAGUUCGGAGGAUCUCUCUUCUUUCUGGAAACAGAUUUGGUUUGCUCAAAUACCGGGCAAGGUUAAAGUUCAUUGGUGGAAAUUUCAGAUUCGAUCAUAUGACAUGUUGUUUCAAUCUACCUUGGCUACACCUCGUAGUACUGCAUUGAGGGGUAGGGCAGUCUGGUUACCACCUCCUUCCGGCUGGCUUAAGGCCAACGGUGAUGGAGCCUUUGAUUUCUCCUCCAAAUUAGGUGGAUUAGGAGUGCUUAUUUGA